UCAAAUCAAUGGUAUCAAAUAGCCACAACUAUAUGGACCUAAAUAAUUAUUUUGAAGGGAACCAAGUUUUUUCUGGAAUCAAGCUAUUAUCUGAUAGUAUCAGUACUAAUGUAAUUUGGAUUGGAUUUGGGUCAUUUUGGUCCCCAAACCUGGAUGAGGCAUGAAGUCAAUAUUUUGACCACCAAAUUUGAAUCACACCCACAUACGGAUCAGCUGUGUCAUGAUUCACACUCUAUAAUGAUAUAUAUCUGUUAUUAAAAAAAAAAAAAAAUCCUAUUCCAACAAGUAGAUGGAAACCUAUUCCAUGUUGGUGGAGUCGGCUAAUGGAUGCACAUACUAUUUAUACGCAAGGGGCACCCCAUUCUACUUUCACGCAAAACUUCUUUCUUUUACACAAAUUUGCUCAGUAACUCUCUCUGCUCUUAAACUCGCUUUGCUUUGUUGUCUACGUAAAUCAUGGCUUUCAGAAAAAGUACAUUGAUUUUCUUGGUUAUGCUUGCUUUAUGUGGUGUUUGUUUUGGUGCUGUGUAUAGAGUUGGUGAUUCUAAUGGGUGGACUUCUAGAGGCCUUGUUGACUACAACGAGUGGGCUUCAACAAAAGACUUCCAUGUUAACGAUACACUCAUAUUUGCUUACAACAAUCAAUUCCACAACGUGAUGCAAGUUACUACCCAAGAUUUUGAAUCUUGCAACCCUAACUCUCCGAUCGCAGUCUAUUCCUCGGGAUCUGACACCAUCACCCUUGAUAGGCCUGGCAACUUUUACUUUUUGUGUGGUGCUCCUGGUCAUUGUCGAGCCGGACAAAGGGUUGAGAUCAUGGCCACGCUACCUACACCGGAUGAUUCCUCACCUUCAGCCUCUCCUACUGAAGCGAUUUCGGCAAGCUCUGCUCUAAGUAAUGGUCUUGCACUUCAUUUUUCGAAACUUGGGUUGGGUGUCACCAUAGUUGGUGACUUUAGCGGGUGGUCUUCUAGAGGCCUUGUUGAUUACAACGAGUGGGCUUCAACAAAAGACUUCCAUGUUGGUGACACGCUUACAUUUUCUUACAACAAUCAAUUCCAUAACGUGAUGCAAGUUACUAACGAAGAUUACGAAUCUUGCAACCCUGCUUCUCCUAUCGCAGUCUAUGCCUCGGGAUCUGACACCAUCACCCUUGAAAGGCCCGACAACUUUUACUUUUUGUGUGGUGCUCCUGGUCAUUGUCAAGCCGGACAAAGGGUUGAGAUUCUGGCCACCCUACCUACACCAGAUGACUCAUUUACAGGUCCAAGUCCGACACCUUCAGCCUCUCCUGCUGAUGCGAUGUCGCCAAGCUCAGCUCUAAGUAGCAGUCCUGCUCUUCAUUUUUCGAAACUUGGGUUGGGUGUCACCAUAUGGAACCGUGGGGUUCCACCUGAUCGUUACUCACCAGAAGGCAAAGCAAGAUAUGCUAUUGCCCAUUAUGUGUAUGAUCACAGGUUAUCUCCUGAGUGA